CAAAGGGGAAAAUGUGACGAGCGGUCUUCUAUAUUUAAGUAAAUAUUUAAUAAUAAAUGGCCGCUAAGACGUAAAUGCAACGUGUAUUAGAUUACACUCGGUUCUUUAUGCUCUAUGUGUAUCAGUUUAGGUCAGAACUUAUACAAAAUAGUGGAGUAUUAACCCUUUAGGAAGCGUUAAUGAUGGCAUAAGCAGUUGUAACAGACUGCUAUAGCUACAGUAUGAUAAUUCAACAUUUCCAGAGAUAAGGGGAGUAUCCCUGUCGAGCUGAGGGGUGGGGUGAACCAGUGGAGGAAAAUUCAUAGGGCGUAUAAGGAAGUUAUUUUUGACGGGAGAAGGAGAAGUACAGCGUCUUCAGUUUGGACGAAAAGCUGCAAACACCGGUCUGAAAAUGCCUGGAAAGAAAGUCUGCAUCGUUGGAUCGGGAAACUGGGGUUCUUCAAUAGCCAAAAUAAUCGGACACAAUGUCAAAGCUUCCAACCGCUUCGACCCCAUGGUAAACAUGUGGGUCUAUGAAGAAAUCAUCGAUGGAAAGAAGCUCACAGAGAUCAUCAACACCAGCCAUGAAAACGUCAAAUAUCUGCCAGGUCAUACGCUGCCCAGGAAUGUGGUCGCCGUUCCUGACAUCACAGAAGCCGUCAAAGGAGCAAAAAUCCUCGUCUUUGUAAUCCCGCACCAGUUCAUCAGCAACCUCUGCGACCAGAUUAAACCUCACAUCACCGAGGGAACCAUCGGGAUAUCCCUCAUCAAAGGUGUCGAUGAAGGACCUGAGGGAUUAAAGCUCAUCUCUGACAUCAUCCGAGAGAAACUAGAGAUCGAGGUCAGCGUCCUCAUGGGGGCCAACAUUGCCAGCGAGGUGGCCGAUGAGAAGUUCUGUGAAACCACCAUCGGAGCCAAAAAUGAGGCAAACGGCGCCAUCUUCAAAGAGCUGCUCCAAACACCAAACUUCCGCAUCACUGUGGUACAAGAGAGCGACACGGUGGAGCUGUGUGGAGCUCUAAAGAAUAUCGUGGCAGUGGGUGCUGGUUUCUGCGAUGGUCUCGGUUUUGGCGAUAACACCAAAGCGGCGGUGAUCCGCCUGGGUCUGAUGGAGAUGGUCGCCUUCGCCAGGCUCUUCUGUAAAGGCUCAGUGAGCUCUGACACAUUCCUGGAAAGCUGCGGCGUGGCCGACCUCAUCACCACCUGCUACGGGGGAAGGAACCGCAAGGUGGCCGAGGCCUUCGUCAAAACGUCCAAGUCUAUCACUGAUCUGGAGGUAGAGAUGCUGAACGGGCAGAAGCUGCAGGGUCCGCAGACGUCAGCUGAGGUCUACAAGAUCCUACAGAAAAGAGACAUGGUUGACAAGUUUCCUUUGUUUUCUGCCGUCUACCAGAUCUGCUUCCAGGGCAGAGAGGUGAGAGAGAUCAUCACCUGCCUGCAGAAUCACCCAGAGCACAUGUGACGGGACCAAACGCACCAACAGCUGCUCCUUCAGUCUGCAACCACCAGAAGGGGCUAGAGAUUCAUCAGACAAACGCACAAAGCCGCAGGGAAAACACAGUCCAACAAAGUGCACUUUUACUGUUUUUAUUUCAAGGAGCCUUUAUAUUUUAGCUUUUAAAGUCUUUUAAUGAUUUUAACAUUUCUGGAACAGUCACUAGGCUCUUUAAAUACAUCUCUUUGUAACUCUACUGGAUUAUUAAAUGCAUUUUUUAACCUAAAAGUAAUAAUGAUUUUGUGUACAAUACUACAAGACGGUCUGGCUGGUUUCCCUCUAUGAGUUUACAAUUUCAACAUUAAGCUUAAAGAAGCUGUUUUUAAUCUUUA